AUGCCGCCCCCGGGCGACGCUGGCCGGGAGCCGGACCUGCUCCGUGCCUUUAGCCCGCAGGGCGUCUCGGAGCAGGAGCUUCUCAGGGUCGCUGGUCUUCUUGAAGAUGCUGGCCUCCACGAGGCGUGGCAGUUCAAGUUUGCGACCCGCCCGAUCCUUGAGACGGCGUGCCGUGACCCGCUCACUCUUGAGUUGGAUUACCGGGCCUUCCUGCUGGUUUCGGCCGUGGCAGAGAAGGUGCAGCAGGCCGCGGCCGGCGGCGGCAAUGGCUCGAGCGCUGCCGCGGCAGGCCCCGACUUCCAGGCGGAGUCCGUCGCCGCACUCCGGGCCAUCGCCCGUAGGGCGCGGGUCGGCGCGGCCAGGCAGCGCGGGGACCGCUCGGUGUCCUCCGACUCAGACGACAAGGCCUCCACUUCGGUGAACGUGUGCAAGGGGCUGAAGCGCUACGGGCUCAACGGCUUGCCGGUGGAGCACCUGCCGCAGUCCGCUCUCCUUCAGCCUUUGCUCCGGCGCAGCCGCCGCAAGGCUGGCCACGGGCGGCUCCCUUGGGUCGCCGGCGAGCUGCAGAAAGACUUCGAGCCGCUGAAGAGGGCGUCGGACGCCACUUUGCGCCCUCCGCAGAAGGGUCAGGCGUUCCAGUCGUUCGCCCACUUCACCAGUUGCUGGUGGGCCCGGGCGCUGUCCCAGCUGGCGCUCCAGGCGGACCUCAACAGCGAGGCCGUCACCUUCGAGCGGUUGCUGCGGCGCUUCCUCGACCUGUGCCACAUGGCGCAGGAGCUCGGGGUCACGGUCGCGUACGAGUACGACCGCCAGGAAUGGCUCCGCCUCGGCACGCAGAUCGAGAACAAGGGCCCCUCGGUGGACCCGGACGCCAGCUUCGAGAAGAUCGACCACGGCCUGCGCGCCGACGUCAAGGACCAGUGCAGCAGGGCGAAGCAGGCCGGCGACAGCUCGGGCCGCGGCGGUUCGGGCGCCAGCAGGGGCCCGCAGGGCCACGCGAGCCAGCCAGCGCGCGGACACGCGGCG